AUGAUGGUGAUGGAGACGGGUGAAUAUGCAACAGACGAGGAAGAGGAGAUGAGUCCAGUGUUUCCAAACUCUAUUGAGGUUUUUGACCUGGCUGAGAACCAGGACAUGUCUCCUGUGGAGCUGGACCCAGAGAAGCUAGCCCACAAAUUCAAGGAGCUCCAGAUUAAACAUGCAGUAACCCAGGCGGAGAUCCAGCUGUUAAAGAGGAAGCUGGCUCAUGCGGAGCAGGAUAAGUUGCGUUGGCGGAUGGAGCGCGCUCAGUUGGAGCAAAACAUCCGGGACAGUAAAGAGAGGAUGGAGAAACUGGAGGGCUAUUGGAUGGAGGCACAGUCCCUGUGUAAGGCAGUGGAUGAACACCUGAAGGAAACCCAGUCUCAGUACCAAACCCUUGAGAGGAAAUACAGCAAAGCCAAGAGACUGAUUAAAGAGUACCAGCAGAAGGAGAUUGAGUACCUGAAGAAGGAGACAGCUCAGCGUCGAGCACAAGAAGAGAGUGAGGCAACACACAAAGAGGAGGCAGACAACCUGCAGGAAAAGGUCAGCAAUACAAACCUUAACCACACUGGUGCUUUCCCCACAGAAAACACAAUUUUUCCCAUUUUAAUCUGUUUAUGUUUA